AUGUCUGAGUCGUGCGAUCAAAUCGGCUUGCGGAUGCUCUCCUUGGGCGCAACCCUCCCCUUUAGCCCAGCGCUCAGGACUGCCCUCCUGUGGGAGAGUUCGGAACUGCAGCCGGAGCGCUCUGCCAAGAGGUCUGCGGCCGAGAGGGGUGCAAAAAACGCGGGUCCUCAUGCUCACAGCCCUUCCCAAGGCGAGAAAAACGAGGCACAAACGGGUGAGAUAACUUGCCUGGAGACACAGGAGAGGUGCCAGCACCUGCCUCCUUGCAGGACUAACCACCUCAGCACCGCCAGCGCCUUCAAGCCAUUCAUACUGCGGAAGCUAGAAGCACCCAACUUGCACUACGCAAACAGUACUUGGGAAGUCUUCCAGUUGGCCAACAUCUGGCCUUGA